AUGACGAAAUACAUCUCUAACUUUGAUCCCCCCAAUGAUAAUUGGAACAUAAUAGAAGACAGUUUGAUAUAUCGUGUUGUUAAAGAAGAAGAGGAAAAAAAAUACACAAAAAUAUUUUCGUUCGAUUUAGAUAAUACCCUAAUUCUUUCACGAUCCUUUUUUAAACCUGCACAAAAUGAGAAUGACUAUAUUUUUUAUUCAGAUUUAAUAAUCGAUUUUUUAAAAAAAAAGGCAUCAGAAAAUUAUAAAAUCAUGAUUUUUUCUAAUCAGAAAGGAGUAAGCACAGGUAAAAUUACUUUAUCAAAUAUUAUAAAUAGGGUGGAUAGUGUUAUAGACAAAAUUGGUAUACCUUUAGAGUGUUAUUUAGCAUUAAAAAAUGAUAAAUAUAGAAAGCCAAGGACAGGUAUGUAUGAUUUUGCCAUAAAAAAUAAUUCAUUAAACAUUGAAGAAGUUAUUUAUGUAGGAGAUAAUGCAAAUAGGGUUUAUAAUACAAAUUUUAAAAUAGAAUUUAUUAACCAUUUAAAAACCGUUUAUUCCAAAAAUAAUGUAAAUAUUAAUAUAAAAGAUAUUGAAAAAAAACUAAAAAAAGAUUAUACAGACACAGAUUAUAAAUUUGCACUUAAUAUACAUGCUAAAUUUUAUACCCCAGAAGAACUUUUUCUAAAUAUAAAAAAUAACGUACCAGAAAAAUUUUCUUUUAUUCCAAUGAAUUUAAAUAAAAAUUCAAAUGAACAAGAUGAGCAUGAGAAUUUAACAAAAAUGAAGCAAAUUCUUCACCUUUGUAUAAAUGAAAAUAAAACAUCAGAACAAUUAGAACAAAAUAAUAAUGAUCAAAAAUUAAUAAUUUUAAUUGGCCCGCCAGGGUGUGGUAAAACAUUUCUAUGCAAAUUUUAUUUCCCUAAUUAUGUUAGAAUAAGUGAGGAAGAAUUAAAAACAAAAAAGAAAUGUAUAAAUAUGUUAAAUGAAUGUAUUACUCAAGGAAAAAGUGCUAUAAUAGACAAUAUAAAUUUAUCUAAAAAAAAUAGAGCAAUUUACAUAGAUGAAGCAAAAAAAAUAAAUCAGAAUAUAAAUAUUUAUGGUAUUUUUUUUAAUUAUUCAAAAGAGUUAACAAUACACUUAAAUACGUUCAAACUUCUUACAGAUAAAUCAAAUAAAAUGAUGGAAAUCCCAAUUAUUCCCAUUCAUUCAUUUUUUAAAUAUAUUGAAACUCCUUCUUGUAGCGAACAUUUUAAUAAUAUCAUCGUUUUAAAUGAUCAGAAUUUUUUUCCAACCAAUUUUGAAAAUGAAGAACAAAAAAAAUUAUUUUUCUCAUAUUUGUAUUAA